AUGUAUAAAGCGGUUAUUCUUAUUGGGGGUCCUCAGAAAGGAACAAGGUUUCGACCACUUUCCUUUGAUAUUCCAAAACCUCUCUUUCCUGUUGCUGGCGUGCCAACUAUUCAACAUUUAAUUGAAGCAUGUUGCAAGAUUCCAAAACUUCGGGAAAUCCUUCUCAUUGGAUUUUAUCAAGCAGAUGACUCCAUUAACCAAUUUUUGACUUCUAUGGUGAAAGAAUUUAAUAUCAGUAUACGCUAUCUUCAAGAAUAUACUGCUCUUGGUACUGCGGGAGGUAUUUAUCAUUUUCGAGAUCAAAUUCAGAGUGGUGAUCCAGAGGCCUUUUUCCUAAUCAAUGGUGAUGUUUGUGGAGAUUUUCCUCUAACUCAAAUGGCUGAGUUUCAUAAAGAGAAUAAAAGUGCUUUAGUUACUGUCUUGGGAACUGAAGCAACGAGACAACAGUCUCAGCAGUAUGGAUGCAUUGUAGAAAAUAAAGACACUCAUGAGGUAAUGCAUUAUGUCGAAAAACCAUCUACUUUUGUUAGUAAUAUCAUCAAUUGUGGAAUUUAUUUAUGUUCCUUAGAUGUGUUUACCUAUUUAGCAUCUGUUUUUAAACAAAAACAACAAGAAUACUACCAUGGGGAUGAACAGUUAAACGAUAUUUCAGGGAGUGGAAAGGAUUGUAUUAGAUUAGAACAGGACAUUCUAAUGCCUCUUGCUGGUGCCGAGAAGUUAUUUGUAUUUAGCAGCUCUAGAUGGUGGAGUCAAAUGAAGACAGCUGGAUCUGCCAUUUAUGCCAAUAGACAUUACUUAGAGCUUUAUCAUAGUACCCACCCAAAAUGGCUUGCACAAAAUGAAGCUGGGAAACCAACAAUUGUUGGCGAUGUUUUUAUCCAUUCAUCCGCUAUUGUCCAUCCAACUGCCACACUUGGCCCUAAUGUAAGCAUUGGAAUGAAUGCUCAAAUUGGUGAAGGUGUUAGGAUUAGAGAAUCAAUUGUUUUGGGAAAUGCUACAAUUCAGGAUCAUGCUUUAGUUCUUCACAGCAUCAUUGGUUGGAAUAGUACAGUUGGAACAUGGGCACGUGUAGAAGGUACACCUUGUGAUCCAAAUCCUAAUAAACUCUUUGCAAAAAUGGAAAAUGUUCCACUUUUUAACAACAGUGGCCGUCUAAAUCCGUCAAUAACAGUUUUAGGUUGCAAUGUGCAAGUCCCCCCAGAAGUUAUUGUGCUUAACUCAAUUGUUCUUCCUCACAAGGAUUUAUCUCAGAGUUACAAAAAUGAAAUUAUUUUAUAGAGACUAUUUGAAGGACAACUGCUGGUCAGGUAUUUUGCAACAAACCUUUCAUCUUAGGGAAUAUUGUUCUAAAAGUAGUUGCUAGAAGGAUGAAAAGAAGAAAUCCCCAAAUCUUAUCCCAGCAGUAAGGAAGAAAACCUUGGAUAUUGCCACAUUUUUUUUUCAACACAAUGUUUUAAGUUUAUAUGAUUUUGCCUAUCAGGAAUUGUAAAGAUACAGUGAAGUCCCAUUGCAACAUACUUUAAGGACCACAAAUAUUUUUCGUUCUAACUGGAAUUUCAUAGCAAUUUAAUUCAACCAUUAUAAUGG